GAAGGAAGCGCUCGUGGCCGGUCUGUAAACAACCGCCUGCUGUCGGGGCGGGCGGCGCUGGUGGUGCCGCCGCCGAAGCCGCGGCUCCUUCAUGGAGCGAAGGGGCAGAGCGCAAGGCGACCCCCACCCUCGGACCGCGGGCGGCUGCAGGGGGCCAGUGCUGCACAUCGUGGUGGUCGGCUUCCACCAUAAGAAGGGCUGCCAGGUUGAGUUCUCCUACCCUCCCCUAAUCCCAGGAGAAGGCCAUGACAGCAACGUUCUGCCAGAGGAAUGGAAAUACUUGCCUUUCCUUGCCUUGCCAGAUGGUGCUCACAAUUAUCAAGAAGACACUGUGUUUUUCCACCUGCCGCCAAGGAAUGGAGAACGAAACACAGUAUAUGGUGUCUCAUGCUAUAGGCAGAUUGAAGCUAAGGCACUGAAAGUAAGGCAAGCAGAUGUUACUCGAGAAACAGUCCAGAAAAGUGUCUGUGUACUAAGCCAGCUGCCUCUGUAUGGACUACUCCAAGCUAAGCUGCAGCUAAUUACACAUGCCUAUUUUGAAGAAAAAGACUUUUCCCAAAUAUCAAUUCUUAAGGAGCUUUAUGAGCAUAUGAAUAGCUCACUUGGAGGAAGCUCACUGGAAGGGUCACAAGUUUAUCUUGGUCUGUCUCCACGAGAUCUUGUCCUUCACUUUAGACAUAAGGUCUUAAUUCUUUUUAAGCUGAUUCUUCUAGAGAAAAAGGUUCUAUUCUACAUCUCUCCAGUGAAUAGGUUGGUGGGAGCCCUCAUGACUGUCUUAUCCCUCUUUCCUGGUAUGAUCGAGCAUGGUCUUACUGACUGUUCACAGUACAGGCCAAGAAAGAGCCUAUCGGAGGGUGUUGACCAGAAGGAAGUCCCACCUCCUUCGGAUUAUGUUUCUCUAUCUGCUGUGACAUUUUCAAACCCAAACCUGGGAAUGGUUGAGGAAGGCCAAACGUUAUCAAGAGAGCAAGAAGGGGAUUCUCAGAAGGUGGAUGUGCCUGUGUUGCAGACCAAGGACAAUUUCAGUGAAAGGCAGGCCGCCAGGGACACUGGGCAGCACUUGAAGCCUCCUUCACGUACUUCUCCAGAGUCCUCUGAAAGUGACUGGGAAACCUUAGAUCCUAGUGUUCUAGAGGAUGCUAAUUUGAAAGAAAGAGAACACGAAAUUACUGCAGUAGCAGGAGAGAAUGAAGUCCUUCUAAAGGAAGCUGCAGUCUCUGAAAGCAUUCCCAUUACUGUGCAGCCGCAGCCUAACUCAGGGCACACGGUGCUUGUUCCUGGACUUAUAUCUGGCUUGGAAGAGGACCAGUAUGGCAUGCCAUUAGCUGUCUUCACCAAGGGAUACCUUUGUUUGCCAUACAUGGCACUGCAACAGCACCAUCUUCUCUCUGAUGUGACUAUUCGUGGUUUUGUUGCGGGAGCCACCAACGUCCUCUUCCGCCAGCAGAAGCAUUUAAGCGAUGCCAUUGUAGAGAUCGAGGAAGCUCUUGUCCAGGUCCAUGACCCAGAGCUCAGGAAGGUUUUGAAUCCUACUACUGCUGACCUGAGAUUUGCAGACUUCUUAGUGAAGCAUGUAACUGACAACAGGGAUGAUGUAUUCCUGGAUGGCACUGGCUGGGAAGGAGGAGAUGAGUGGAUUCGGGCCCAGUUUGGCUCAUAUCUCCAUGCACUGCUUGCUGCUACUCUACAGCCGGACAGUGAAAAAAUAUUGUCUGACUUUGGAACAACCUUUGUAGCAGCUUGGAAGAAUACACAUAAUUACAGAGUGUGGAACAGCAACAAACACCCAGCUCUUGCAGAGGUGAAUCCUAGUCAUCCUUUCCAGGGCCAGUACUCUGUUUCGGAUGUGAAAUUAAGAUUAUCACAUUCUGUUCAGAAUAGCGAACGAGGUAAGAAGAUUGGAAAUGCCAUGGUUACUACCAGUCGAAAUGUUGUACAGACAGGAAGAGCUGUAGGCCAGUCGGUUGGAGGAGCCUUUACAAGCGCAAAGUCAGCCAUGUCCUCUUGGCUUUCCACUUUCACCCAGUCAACACAAGGCCUUGGAGAGUAAUUGUUCUGCAGUGGACCAAACCCCAGCCUUUUUUUUUUGCUUGAGAAAGACAUCGAGAAGUUUGCCAGAACCAUGCACAGGAAUUCAACCGGUGUGAGGAUGAAGAAUGGCCUUUUCAAGCUCUAUUGCAGGAUGUCAUUUACAAUCUGCAUUAAUGCCUCUUUGUGUUUUAAAUCUGAGCCUUGUUGGACAAGCUUUAUUUUCCAGUGUAUGCUGUUUUUGAAUAGUAGUGAUGAUUUAUGUACAUUUUGCUGUAUUUUAAGUCAAAUUAUCUAGAUUUUUUAAAACUGAGAAACAUAAUUCAGCUUGGAUGAACUGGCUUAUGAAGUGAACAUUUCAAGAACUUCAUGUUCAGGUACACACACUGUUUCCAACUCUAUGUGCAGAAGUGAGUUCCUUUCAUUUUAUUGGAACAUAUUGCCAUAAAUUUGUGCAGAGGUUUGCAGCCCAAUACUACAACUUUAAGUUGUUGUGGGUGAAAUUAAAUGAAAAAAAUGGGCCCAAGUUUAUGCUUAAAAAUUCUUAAUGAAAACAAUUAUAUCUUGCUGCUAGCAUUUUUCAUUUUUAAAGAAGUUACAUUACAUAUUCAAAGGUUAUUCCAAUGUUAGAGCAGUUUAAAGACUAAAAUACAGAGUUCCAUCAUAAUUUCCUCAGGUAACUUUGUGUAGAACAGUUGUCCGGGAAGUUCCUUAGAAAAGGAUCAGCUCCUUACUUGGUCAUUACAUAUUUCCCUGUUUGUGGUGCAUAUGUGAGCUUAAUUUUUCUUUCCGCUUUGUUAAUUAGGGAUACAGUUUGAUUUCAUGUUCUCCUUUGCUUGUACUAUAUUCCCACAAUAGAUAUUAGGAACGUUCACCAAUGAAUACAUGUAACCAAAUACCUACCUCUCUGCUAGUUAGGCUCCAAAUGCAGAAAUUGGCAGUUCAACUUUAUUUUUUCACUUCUUGCUGCUAUGAAAUUUUCUAGUUCAAUAUGUGAGUUUGCAGAGCUUUGGGAAAAAAUUGUAAGUAUAUGUAAACAUAACUCAGUUUACUACCAUUGGUGUAUUUGUGAAUUGCAGUGUCUGCAACUGAUGCCUUCUGUCCCAGAGGCAUCUAUGAGAUUGCUGGGCUGGGUCACAUGCACUGCUUCAUAAUGGCCAGUUUGAAAUAACCCCUCCUCUACUAUCCUUACCGAUUUUCCUUUUCCAGUCCGAAAUGAUCUAAGUGUAGGAGGGAUAUACAGGUUGUGUUGCCUGUAGCUAGACCAGUUACUAGGUCUUUUUCCAGAAGCGACAGAUUACUGUUAACAUUUUGUUUUUAAAACAGUUGGCACAGCUUAAUCCAACCAGAAGUGCUUAUAUUCUGUCAAAGUCUCAAAGGCCUAGGUUUCAGAGAAGCCUUAUUAUUGCUACUUCACACAAUAUUCCUAUACAAGACAGAAAAAAGCAUGUACAGCACUGUGUAGGGGUAUGCGAUAUCUACUUUACUCUGAUUAUACAAAAUGAAAAUUACUGGCUGUGGCACACUAGAGGAACUGAUUACAAUCUCCACGUAGGACAUACACAUUUUUAUGCACAUGACACAGAAUAUUUUUCUGAAAUAUACACACUGCUGAAUGUAUGGUGAAGUGAAGGAUACUUUGCUGUACACCUGUUAGAAAGUGAUCUGUUUACAAGAAGUUAACUACUGUUUCCAAUCAUAUUCUAAGACACUACAUAGCCCACAUCUUGUAUCCUUGCAGUGCUUUUCCUAAGUUAAUAGUGCGUUAUUCUUGAACCCCUAGAUUAUGGUUCAGUUUUCAAACUCUAGAUGGUGGCUGCUGCCAAACAAUCAUGAGGUCAUGCCUUGGAACUGCAGCCCUUUCAUUGAAAUGACAGAGUUGUGCCAUGCUGUGGAAGUCAUUGUAAUGGUGACAAGUUGAAUGGAGCUUGCAAAUGUCCUCUUCAGAACUUCUGCCUAAGUAGAACAAUGCCCAGCUGUUCAUCCUCCCUUAAGUAGAGCAGUUUUAAAAGGAUACCUUGAUAUGCACCUUCUGUGGAUUAAUCUACAAGUUCUGUGAUGUAAAAGUGGCAGAAUUAUAGUAGUACCAUGGGGCAAUGAUUGUAACUGACAAAAUGUCAGCAAAGCAGUUUAUAGUAGCUAUUACCUUGGAGUCGGAAUUUCAUGCCUAAUUUAAAUAUUAUUAUAAUCUUCAGAAAAAAAUCUGGCAGUAUUCAUUAAUGAAGUUAAUACAAGUAUUUCAAGGCCAAAUUUAUUUUUUCAGACUCAUCAGCUAAUCCACUAUAUACAAAGCAAGCUGUCAUAGACAGUGCAAUAGUGUCCAUGAUACCCCAAAAGAAUUUUCUAAAAUAGUUGCUACUCCAAGACUAAUUUGUUUUAGAGCUAUAUAAAGGAGGACCAUUCACAUUUAAUAUGAACAGUAUUUCUUUGUGUUCUAGCCAUUAAUAACUUCCCUUUUGGAGUUUGGGCCAUGGGCACAAACAUUUGAGGUUUUUUUUUCUGUAAAUACAUGUUAAAAGUAGAUGCUCUGCUUGAAGCACUUACAAUGAAGAAAGCACUAGUUAAUGUACUACAUGAUACUGUGGUGUUGGCAUUUGUUGAUGUAUGAACAGGACACAUGCAGCAUGAAAUGCUACCUUUAAAAUUCCAGUCUUGAUUAAUUUUUGUAUUUUGCUGCUUUCAUGAUUGUAGGGUUAUUUCUAAAAACUAACAGACUUUUAGAGUUAUACAAGAAGGGUUGAUCUGUAAGCAUGGAGACACUGCAUACAGGUUGUGGAAUACAAGAAGAAGCUGCUUGAGGCUCAAAUGUAAACUCACACAUUCCUUUAUAUACCACUGUGUGUUUGUGUGCAUGCACAUCUGAGUUUGUAUAAAAGAGAGAACUCAAAGACUUGAUUAAGAAUGUGCAUUGAAAAUGACAUGUGUCCUGUUCCACAGAUAAUUGUGGGGAGGGGGGAUAUGAAAAUAAAAGUGCGCCCUCUCAGCAAAGUCAGCAGAACCAUGAACACUCCCCACCCCAAUAUCUGAAUGAGCUACAUGCCUUUGGUCAUGCUGUAUGGGCAAGUAAAUGUUCAGGAUGCAACAUACUGAAGGUUGGGCCAACAUAUAUUAUGUAAUGGUUUGUCAUUAUUGCAACAAUAUUAUAUGACAUUCAUCCUACAUGCAAGUGUUUAGGAUCAUGUUGCUAGUAUGGUAUUUCAAUUUGGAAAUACUUGGAAAUGUGCACUAAAUAAACUAGAAAUACCUCUACCCCUCUUACAAAAUUUAAGGAGACAUCACCAGACUAACAAGGCUCAUUUUCUUUUGUGUAAUUGGAAUUAGCUGCCCAAUCAUGGAUUAUUUUAAGUGAAAUGCAUUAUACUAGAAUACUUCCAUCAGAUCUUUGCUGCUACCAGGUUAUUGGGGAAGGACAAUUGAUAAAUUUGUGUAUUUCAUCUAUUGUCAAUGUGCAAAGACUUAGUUACUGUGUUGAAAAGACUAUUGCUGCUUCUGUAUAUUUUGUUGUAAAGAAAUUUUUUAAAGUUCUUGUUUAGCUUGAAUGUAUCUUGAUGGACAUAAGCCUUUAUUGGAAGAGAUACAAUUUCUAUCUGAG